AUGGUCAGCUCCUGUUGUGGCUCUGUCUGCUCUGAGGAGGGCUGUGGCCAAGGCUGCUGCCGCCCCAGCUGCUGUGUGUCCAGCUGCUGCAGACCCGCCUGCUGCCAGCCCAACUGCUGCAGACCCAGCUGCUGCAUCUCCAGCUGCUGCCAGCCCACCUGCUGCAGGCCCACCUGCUGCAGGCCCAGCUGCUGCAGACCCAGCUGCUGCCAGUCUGUGUGCUGCCAGCCCACUUGCUGCCGCCCCAGCUGCUGCAUUUCUAGCUGCUGCAGACCCCAGUGCUGUCAGUCUGUGUGCUGCCAGCCCACCUGUUGCCGCCCCAGCUGCUGCAGGCCUUCCUGCUGCCGUCCCAGCUGCUGCAUUUCCAGCUGCUGCAGGCCUUCCUGCUGCAGGCCUUCCUGCUGCCACCCCUGUUGCUGCCGUCCCAGUUGCUGCCGCCCCACCUGUUGCAUUUCUAGCUGCUGCAGGCCUUCCUGCUGCCACACCACCUGUUGUCGCCCCACCUGCUGUGUGUCCAGCUGCUGCAGACCCCAGUGCUGCAUCUCCAGCUGCUGCCGCCCAGCAUGCUCUAGCUGUUCCUGCUGCUGA